AUGACUAUCAGCGUGGAGAUCAGCGCGAGCGUGGCCCUGAAAAUCAGCAAGGUCGGCGAAGACACAUACCCAGCAACGGAGGCGGGACCACUGUUUGGAUUGGAUAUUGCCAGCAAGCCAAGCGAAGACAAAAGACACACGGCAAUCAAGGUUUCCCAUGCGUUCCUGUUCCCACCGUCCUAUACAAACGACGAGAUUUUCAGUCUCAGGGCAUCCAACGUCAAGUACCAGAAUGACCUGCUUGCGAAGCUCAAAGACACAAAAGUGGGGGUGAAGCACUUGGGGUGGUUUCUGACGACGAACGGCGGCCGUUUCGUGAGCCAGUCGCUUAUUGAAGCGAUUAUCAACCAGCAGACCCAGAACCAGACAGAAAACAGAGACUCAACGCCUGUGGUGGUGCUAGUUUUCGACACUCUCAAGUCGAUGGACGGUCUGCUGAGCCUGAGAGCGUUCAAGCUGAGCGACUCGUUCGUUAGAGCAUGGAAGUCGGACGAAAGGUUUGUGUCGAAAAACCUGUACGAGAACAGACUCACCUACAGGAACAUCUUUGAGGAGGUGCCUCUGAAAAUAAAGAACAACCACCUGUCCAACUUGAAGUUGCAGGAGCUUAGCCCAGACUUCGAGGAGGACUCGUGUCUGGAGCUGACGGGCGCAACAUUGGCGUCGAUGAACCAGACCGUGGAUAACCUGGCCGACGCCGUCGACAACUUCAACCACACCCUGGGAAAUCUCAACUACUACCAGCGCAACUUGUCCAGAGAGCUUGUGAAGAUUAACCAAUGGAAACAGCAGAUCAGACAGCAGAACGAGGCGAAACUCAAGAUCGAUCCGAACGCGAAACUCACAGAGACAGAGAACGACUGGCACAGACACUUCAGACUGCCUACCCAGCCGUCUAAGUACGACAACUUGGUCACUAGCGGGCUGAUAAAUAGCUACUGCAACAGCCUCGAAACCGAUGGCUCCAUCGAGCAGGUCAAGAUUGCCGGCAUCGAAGAGUGUAACUAA